CCCAUAUUGUAGACAACGGCAGAAACUUCGAAGGCUAGACUCUCCACCUGCCAGAAGCGGCUACAACCAUCGUGUCGGCCCAUUGCCGGGCUUCCGGACCGUGUGGCGCCCGGACGUUAUUUGCGGGUUCCUGCAAAGUGCGCUCGAAAGCGCAAAGAUCCUGUCCCGUCCUUGCACUUGCGCGUAUCUGCGAGCCAGACUGACCGGAAUUCAUACGAAGUCCGCCUUGCACGCCUGACAACACCUGAUGUUUCGAGGGCUACACGUUGAGCUUGCUGGCGGCCCAAUAGCGACCACUACUACUUGUAUAAAGGACGGCAUCAUGUGUACCCUAAAGACAGCACCCAGCUUCUUAGCAGCUCUUGUCUUUUACACAGUACAAGAUGCUUCUCAUCUCUGCAAUCGUUGCAGGCCUUUUAGCCGGCGCUAGCUCAGCUCUAGCCGUCGAGCAGCGUGCAACUGCCCCAAAGCCAGUGUUCGCGCAUUACAUGAUCGGCGAGAUCACAAAUGCGCACACCCGUCAGGAUAUCAUCGAUGCGAAGGCGCUUGGGAUUGAUGGGUUCGCAAUGAACUUCAAUCAGUUCGCCUACUGGUCAAAUGACACAGUAGAUCGACUCUUCAACAACGCUGACGAACUUGGGUUUGGUCUCUUCUUCUCCUUCGAUCACAAUCCCGGCUAUUUUGUGGACCCGAAAGAGUACGCGGUCUACUGCAAGAAGUACAUCACGAGGACCUCGUACUUCAAGUUCAACAACAAGCCAGUGGUCUCCACUUUUGCAGGCGAGAACGUGUACACAUGGGCGGACUUCAAGAAGACUGUGGGUGACGUGCUUGUCAUCCCCGGCUACAAACAAGCCAACCCAAGCACCGUCUUCAGCGAUCACCAGAACAUUGAUGGAGUCUUUAAUUGGAACUCCUGGCCCGAUACUAGCGCCGGAAAAGUUGUUGUGCCUACAAAUGACGACAACACCUUCCAGACCAAGGCGAAGGCUGCAUCUAAGCUCUUUAUGAUGGGUAUCUCGCCUCUCCAGUUCAAGCACCUGGAUAACGGCGACAACUGGUACCGCCGUGGUGAGGACAACCUCGAGUACCGCCUUGGUCAAGUCUUAGAGAUGCAGCCAGAUAUGCUACAGUUCCAGUCCUGGAAUGAUGCUGGUGAAAGCCACUACAUGGGCAACAUCUGGGACGAGCCUAUGACUUUGGCCACCGACAUUCAAGCGAUGGUCAAGGACCGCGACCACAAGGGUUACUGGCAGAUUAUUCCAGCGUUUAUCAAAGCCUGGAAAAAUGGUGACAGGACUACUAAGAACAUGGUACCUACCAAUGGCAAGCCCGUUCAGGGUGCCUUCUGGCACCAUACUCUUACUGUUGACGCCAACUGUGGCUCAGACUACAAGUCUCCAGACAUCAAGAAAGCUGCUGAGGAUGCCGUCAGCGGUAUUCUUCUUGUGGCUAAGGGCCAGACAAACCUUAUUGCUGUAGUCAACAUUGGCACUCAGAAGCUUAACCAGCAGCCUCUUGUUGAGGGUUACAACAAGUUCAAAUUCACUGGCUUGACUCCCGGUAAGGUGCAGCUUGAGGUCUGGGACGGCAGCACUAUGGUUGGUGGCGGCUACGGAAAGAUCGAGGUCACGAACUCGGCCUCGCUGUGCAACUACAACUUCCAGGUUGUUGCCGUGCCCAGCUAGAUGCUCAGCGCAUCACCGAGGUACAACGAGUGACGAAACGCCGCCAACGCAUGCAAAGAUGCGCAAGACCAGUACGGACUCGGGCUGGUUAGGCGAAGGAGAAACUUGCCCUAUUUUUCAGGACCCACAUCCCGCUAUACCGGUGAGGUGGCCUGAACAAAGGUACUAGAUAGAACGUCGCUGCAGCCUCUCGUUUCUACAACGUUACAACAACUCACAAAACGUCGAAUGAUAA